AUGAAGAAGAUGUUUAAGGAGGACCACUCGCUGGAACGCAGAUGCGAGGGAUCGAAGAUCAGAGUGAAGUACCCUGGUUGGGUUCCAGGGAUCGUGGAAAAAAUCUCCGGCUCUCAGAUUGUUGACUUUGACAAAAGGAAGUACUUGGUCCCCUCUGACAUCACCGUGGCUCAGCUCAUGUGGACCAUCAGGAAGAGGAUCCAGCUUCCUUCCGAGAAGGCCAUCGUCCUGUUUGUGGACAGGACAGUCCCACAGUCCAGCCUAACUAUGGGACAGCUUUAUGAGAAGGAAAAAGAAGAUGGAUUCUUGUAUGUGGCCUGCUGGGCCAGACUCAAUGAUAACUCUGUGUCAUUCAACUGGUUCACCAAUAAUUUGAGUGCAAACCAUGGGACAUCAGAGAUCUCAAAGCUCUACACAGUUUGCAGGAGGACUGGGGAGAUGGCUCAGUGGGCCAAAUGCUUGUACGAAUCCAAGGAUAAGAACCUGAGUUUGGAUCCUGAGCACCCACAUAAAAAACCGGUACAGUGGGUGGUGCCCCAGCACUGGGCAUAA